UUAUUAAAUCAUCAGUCGGAAUGCUAUUUUUCUCAUUACUUGUUUUAAAUUCAACUGGAGCAUUUUAUUCGUUUUAUUUGUACAGAAAAGGGAAAAUGAAAUGUCAGUACAUGAAUGUUUUCCCUUAUUUUUAUUUGAUUAAUUUAAACGCAAUGUUGUCAAUAUUUUGGAUCUCUGCAACGUCAGUGGUAGCUGUCUACACUUUCGCGUUGUUUCUCGUCGGAACGAAAUCUCGGACGUACGUUGGCUUCUACUUCCUGUUUUGUUUCGCCUCUCCUUCCCGUAACCGGUGGCCCGGUUCGGGAAGAAAUGGGACGAUUAGCCGGGAAAGCGGACGAAUGCGACCGGCCCGCGAGCAGAAGCGCUUUCCCCUCCCAUCGGCGGAGCCUCUAAGCCGAAAAGAAGUCGCCGAGCCACCCUCGCCGGGCUCCCCGAGCCCCUCGCGUCCCCGCGGCGACAUGGCACUCAGCUCGGGCGGCUGGGCUCAGCAGGUCUCGUUACGCUCUUCUUCCCAGCCCGGCUCCUGCGACGCCGUUCCGGCUCCCUCGUCCGCCUGCUGCAGCACCGUCUUAAUGUCUGUCCGCGUAUCGGUGUCCCACUCCGGUAUCCGCCCCUUGCGCCUGCCCGGAGCCGACAGCGACGCUCUGCGCCUGCAGCUCAGCAUGGACCCGAGCCGGGCCGGAGAGUUUCGGCUGGCCCUGCGGGACACCAGCGGGAACCGCAACGCGCUGGUGGAGUUCGACCUGCGCUCGGUGCACUACGAGGUGAAGUCGGCGCGCUGCCACGAGAUGCGCCUGACGGUGCCGCCGCACGACUUCAUCCGCUUCUCCUUCCGCUGCGACCGCGAGGCCGAGGAGUGGGCCACGGUGGUCACGUCGUCUCUGCGGGAGGCCCGGCGGGUUGCGAACAUGGCCGACGACGACGGCGGCGGCGGCGGGCAGACGCAGGCGGCGGAAACGUCGUUGCCGCUCGCCGAGCUCUGCCAGGAGCUCGUCAAGGCGGUGGAGGCGGGCGACGCCCGAGCCGCCGCCCAGCACGCGUCCGCCCUGGCCCGGCAAAAAGCGGCGCUCAGCAUCCAGCCGGCCGAGAAGAACUACGCCGGCGGGGAGGUCAGUCUGUCGGUGGUGGUGGAGGACGUCUCUUCUUCCUGUUGCUUCACCGUCAAAGUCUUCCCCUACAUGACGGUGGCGUCGCUCAAACAACAGGUGUUCGUGGAGUACGGCUUCCACCCUCGCGUUCAGCGCUGGGUGAUGGGUCAGUGCCUGUGCGCCGACGCCCGCUCGCUGGCCUCGUACGGCGUGCAGCGCGACGGCGACACGGCGUACCUCUACCUGAUCUCGGCGCGCCAGGCGCGCAUCACGCGACAGCUGUUCCAGCAGGACCUGGAGGGCGCCGUGUCCGCCCCGCCCCUUCUGUCCGGCAACGGGCCGGCGUCUCAAGACCGCCGGGGCUACAGCACGCUCCCGCCGCGGUUACCCAACAGCAACCAGGGCGGUGGCGAUAAACCAGCUGACCUCCAGGUUGUGUUUGGCAUGGAGCAUCUGCAGCUCAACAACAAAACUGCACGGGUACAGACGGAGUGGGCGUGUCCCUCAUGCACUUUCAUCAACAAGGCUUCCCGUCCGGGCUGCGAGAUCUGCGCUACGGCCAAACCCGACGCCCCCAAAGCCCCGCAGCAGGCGGCGUGCGGCGAGCCGACCUCGACCGGCAGCUGACCCGCCCGCCGCCGUCUGCUCCCGCACCCCCCCCCACCCCCUCCUUCCCACUGCCACGCCGCUAAACCCACCCGUGCUAUACCAGUGUCGCCAUACAUGAUGUCCGCACCCUCCCACGCGCACCACGAUGAUUGUCAAGUCCACUGAGAGUCCCGGCAGCCCAGGGGCCCGCUGGAGACGUUUAAAGCACUGUAGCGUGACGCCAGAAAAAAAAAAAAAAAAACAGUUCGACCAUUUAAACCAUGGACAAGACGCUUUGAGUUUAGCCACACCUCUUUUUUUUUUUUUUUUAAUUUCAUUUUUGUGGGGGGAAAAAAAAAAAGUUCCUUAUAUUUAUUGGAGGGGAGGUGGUGACGGAAGGUGUUCCGGGGAAUGUUCGAUUUCCGUCAGGGCAAAACUGUGAAAUUGGAGAUGAGAGGAUGUUUACAGGGGUGGUAACAAGUGCUUUUUAACGCUUUACGAAUCGAUUUGAACGGAACGCGGGGGAUUUAUUUGUUUGUUUUUAAAGAUUCAUAUUUGAUGUACAUUUCGGUAGCCGGUUUGAUUUUAAUCGAGUCCUUCAAGUUGCGACAGCGACGGAAUGAUCAUUGCAGUACAGUGUAAAAAAAAAAAAAAAUGACAAUAGGCAAAUAAUGUAUCAUACCACUGUGGUCGCCUUGGAAAAAAAAUUAACAAAAUGGAAAAACGAAUUCAUUAAGUCGACAUCACUUCCUGCAAACUUCCUAGCAAAUACACAAUUUAAAUAAAUAUUACAAAAAGAAAAGAAACUCUCCAAUGUGCCAUCUCUUGAAUCCAAAUAAAACAUAUACUGUAUGACAUUCA